CUGGCACUGCAUAUUUGGAAGUUAGCGGGCAGGUAGGAUGUCAUCGUAAACUUCUAGACAACCAAUUGCUUUCCAGCGUUGACGCUGUGAGUGUUAUUGUAUGUAUUCGCUAAGCAGAAUAUUUAAUUGACUGUUUUGUUCUUUGUUUCAUAAUCAAAUCAUCUAACUUGCAUUGGCCGACAGGCGUUUUUCAAUUAGCAAUGGUACCGUUAGCAGCUGGAGGUUAGCUAGAAUAGAACUAGUGCUAGGAAAUGGGCUCUGAGGGCUAAGUUCACUGUCAAAGAUAAAACAGAAGACUGAGGCACAACCAUGGCAGAGAGGGUCAACAAUUUCCCACCGUUACCACAGUUCAUGCGCCUAAAGCCCUGCUUCUAUCAGAAUGUGGAGGAGGAAAUUCCUGCACAGCAUCAUCUGUUGGUGGGCAGAGUGUACAAGCUGUGGAUGUUGUAUUCCAUCACGCUGUGUGUCAACCUCGUGUCGUGUAUCGCCUGGUGGGCGGGAGGGGGUGGGGCGACCAACUUCGGGUUGGCUCUGCUCUGGUUGAUCCUCUUCAGCCCCUGUAGCUACACCUGCUGGUUCAGACCCCUCUACAAGGCCUUCAGGGCUGACAGCUCCUUCAACUUCAUGAUGUUCUUCUUCGUCUUCUUCCUCCAGUGUGUGCUCGCCAUCAUCCAGGCGGUGGGCAUCCCGGGCUGGGGAGCCAGUGGUUGGAUAGCCACGGUGACAUACUUUGGCACCAACGUGGGCUCUGCCAUUGUCAUGCUGAUCUCAGCACUUCUCUUCACCGUUGUCGCCGUACUCAUGGGCCUGGUGCUCAUACGGGUUCACCGGUUGUACCGUGGGGGAGGGGGCAGCAUGUCUCGUGCCCAGGAGGAGUGGACCACUGGGAUGUGGAAGUCUGCCCCUGUCAGGGAGGCCGGCUUCAACGCCAUGGCAGGCGAGUCGGGCCCCAGCCUACCCCAGUACCCCACCACUGUACCCAACUACCCAGACAACAGACCCUGGUGAUGACCUGUGUUGGACACUAGGUGGCGUCACACCUUAUACAUUUUGUUCUUUCUCUCCUCCUCUUCUUGCAUGAGUGUCGCAACGCAGGGAGAGUCAAAUCCCA